UUUCUCCCCAAAUUGUGUUCCUCCUCGUGAAACCGAAUCCCGCCCGCCCGCCCAGUGGCCGCCGCCCCGCCCCGCGCCUCGGAGCGCAGCCGUCGGCCCGCGAUGAAGCUGUGGCUGCUGCUCGGGCUCCUGCUGGUGCACCAGGCGCUGCAGGAUGCUGCUGGCCAACACCCUCCCAAAAGCAAGCACCCAAAGGAACAAGGCGAGAACAGAAUCAAACCUACCAACAAAAAGGUGAACCCCAAAGUUCCCAAGGUAAAAGACAGGGAUGCAGCUGAUUCAACACCGAAGAGUCAGUCCAUCAUGAUGCAAGUGACGGAGAAAGGUCACUUCCAGAGACCUGCUGCCACCCUGAGUCUGGCGGCCGGGCAGCCUGUAGAGCUUCGAUGUAAAGGAAGUAAAAUCGGAUGGAGCUACCCUGCCUAUCUGGAGACUUUUAAGGACUCCCGCCUCAGCAUGAAGCAGCAUGAGCGCUACGGCCAGCUGACCCUGGUCAACUCCACGGCGGCUGACACCGGGGAAUUCAGCUGCUGGGCCCAGCUCUGCAAUGGCUACAUCUGCCGAAGGGACGAGGCCAAAACGGGCUCUACCUACAUCUUUUUUACAGAAAAAGGAGAACUUUUUGUACCUUCUUCCAGUUAUUUUGAUGUUGUCUACCUGAACCCGGACAGACAGGCUGUGGUUCCUUGUCGAGUAACUGUGUUGUCAGCCAAAGUCACGCUACAUAGGGAGUUCCCUGCCAAGGAAAUCCCAGCCAAUGGAACAGACAUUAUUUAUGACUUGAAAAGAGGCUUUGUGUAUCUGCACCCUCAUUCUGACCACCAGGGGGUGGUCUACUGCAAGGCAGAGGCUGGGGGCAAGUCUCAGAUCUCCAUCAAGUACCAACUGCUCUACGUGGAAGUCCCCAGUGGUCCCCCAUCAACCACCAUCCUGGCCUCCUCCAACAAAGUGAGGGGUGGGGAUGACAUCAGUGUGCUGUGCACUGUCCUAGGGGAGCCCGAUGUCGAAGUGGAAUUCAGGUGGAUCUUUCCAGGGCAGAAGGAUGAAAGGCCUGUAGCAAUUCAAGAUACUUGGAGGCUGAUCCACAGAGGACUCGGACACACCACAAGAAUCUCUCAGAGCGUCCUCACGGUGGAAGACUUUGAGACCAUUGAUGCGGGGUAUUACAUCUGUACUGCUCAGAAUCCCCGAGGACAGACUACAGUAGCUACCACUGUUGAGUUUUCCUGACUUGGAAAGUGAAAUAUUGCAAACUGAUGGAAAGCCCAUUCGUAUACACAGUCAGCCUGGGCUUCUUAUUAAUGCUUUGCCAGAGGCUGAUUGAUGCCAAGUGGCAACUUCUGCCAGUGAGUCAGACCCACACAUCCAAACUAAAAGGAAGUCACCCAUUUUUUAUUAAUAGAAGUGUUAACUUUUCUAACAGAAAGCAUGUAUUUAGACUGCUUACCUAUGUCCAUGUUUUUUCUACUUAAAAAGCAUAUACACUGACAACUUUAAUCAUUUCUAUUAAAUGAGCAAAGUUUUGUAAAAAAAAAAAA